AAUGGAUUUCUUUGGUAUUCCUGCAUAUAUUUUGUUUCCUUUGGGCCUUUUCUUGGCUUUUUAUCUGUAUAUGACGAGGAACUUUGGCUAUUGGAAAAAUCGAGGAAUUCCUGAAGUGCCUCCAAGAUUUUUGGUUGGAUCAAUAGGUUGGAAUAUAAAAUGUAAUCAAGCCAAACAAGAACAAGAAUGGUAUAACAAAUAUGGAAAAAUAUUUGGCAUUUAUGAGGGAUCGCAACCCACAUUAAUGAUAGCGGAUCCAGAAUUGAUAAAGACUGUUUUUGUGAAGGAUUUUCAUUAUUUUAAGGAUAAAAGGAAUUUUCGUUUUGGAAAUCCAAUUUUGGACAAGGGAUUAUUCAUGGAAACUGGAGAAAGAUGGAAACAAUUAAGAAGUAUGAUGACACCCAGUUUCACUUCUGGAAAACUGAGACUAAUGGAUAAAUCAGUCGAUGACUGUUGCCAAACAUUUAUUAACAAUAUCAUAGAAGAAUCCAAAGGAGGAAAGGAAGUAGAUGUUACUAAAUUUUCAAGUACUUUUACAAUAGAUGUUAUUGCUAGGACUGCUUUUGGAAUUAAACUUGAUUCAAGUAAAGAUCCAAAUAAUCCUUUCGUAAAGGCUGCAAGAAAAAGUAUUGGUCCAAUUCCUUGGAGAUUUGUACUUGCAGUACUUUUUCCUGCGGUGGCCAGACUCGUUCGCUUGACUAUAUUUGACCCACAAUCUGUCAAUUUUUUUAAACUUGCUAUCGAUGACGUGAUAAGCAAAAGAAAAUUGUUAAAAAAGGAUGAAAGCCCUAGAAAUUUUCUUCAGUUCUUAUUAGAAGCAAUAGAGAAUCAAGAAAACAAAACUGAAAAAUUUGGUUUGGAUGAUGUGGUGAGCCAAUGCAUUACGUUUUUCGUUGCUGGAUACUUUGGUCCAUCAUUCACUAUUUCGUAUUCUGCUCAUGAAUUAGCAGUCAAUCCAGAUAUACAAGAAAAACUUAUUACCGAAGUUGAUGAAACUAUUAAACAAUCGGUAAGUUUAUUUAUGUUAUUAAACAUUAUACAAGACUUUACAGAUCGGUAAAACACUGGAGAAAAUCAAAACAUACGUAAUUAACAAACUUUGCCAGAGUUUUACAAUGCAUAUAACUGUACACAUGUAAGCCAAAACAAUGUCAACGACUUAGAUAUUUUAU